AUUCAAAAACGUUAAAGUUUCAAAACAUAAAUUCAAAUCCUUGGUUAUACGUGGGUGCAAUAUCGAAGAUGUUAACUUACGCCAAUUGAAAAUCACCGCAAACGAGGAAAAAUUCACUUUAGUUAUCUAGAAUAAUCAAUAGAUAUUUAGAUCUGGCAUCUGAAUACUUUUUAUUGAUAAAUCUUUUGUAUUAGUUCUUUAUAGCCAACAACUGCAAAAUGUCAAACUGCGGUCACGUGAGCACUAAUUUUUAUUAUUGGUGUACGGGCUAUUGAUACCAUCGUAUAGAAUUUUCAGUUCUUUUCCGAGAAGGCGGCCCCAUCAAGACAAUCUUUGAUUGAUCUUAUCCAAGUCUAGGUUGAAAGAGCCAGGUAAAUAAGACGAUUCUGCGAGGUAGCCAAUGAUAAGGUUUAGUUCUUCCACGAGCUUGCUUCGAUGCGGAGGCUCAAUUCAUGGGUCGAGAUGUCCGUUAACUAUAAAAUCAGCAUCAAUUAGUUCGGGGACGAGACUCGGAUUAAACCCUGGGAUUUUGCAUUUUAAUAGAAGAUUACAUUAUCAAUUCAAGCCAAUACACUCGUUGAAAAGAGGGAUCAGGUUGAAUAUAAGGUUGAAAUCAACUUCAAGCAGUCAAGAACCUAAGAAAUCCGUAUGGUUUGAUAUCAAACGUCUUUCAAGACUUGCUAAACCAGAAGUGGCAUUAUUAUUUGGAGCUUUAGCCUGUUUAAUAGUGACAUCUUCUGUGAGCAUGUCACUUCCGUUGUUUAUUGGUAAGAUUAUUGAUACUGCUAGGCCUCCUAGUGAUAUUGGAGAUAAAACUGACGAAACCAAAUCUGGAAACUCAAUACUAAGUUUUUUGGGCCUGAACCAAAAGGAAGACGAAAACGAUAAGAUAUUUGGGUUAGACCCUUAUCAUUUCUAUGGAUCAUUGGGGAUACUAUUCACAAUUGGAUCAUUGGCAAAUUUUGGACGGAUCUAUUUACUAAGAUCUGUUGGUGAAAGAUUAGUUGCUAGGCUUCGAUCAAGACUAUUCAGUAAGAUAUUAUCACAGGAUUCAUAUUUUUUCGAUGUUGGACCUAAUAAAGCUGGUAUGAAGACCGGGGAUUUGAUAUCGAGAAUUUCUAGUGAUACUCAAAUAAUAAGUAAAUCUUUAAGUGGGAAUAUAAGUGAUGGGGCACGAGCAUUAAUAAGUGGAUGUGUUGGAUUAUCGAUGAUGUGCUGGGUAUCAUGGAAACUUACGUUAUGUAUGAGUUUAAUUUUCCCACCGUUAAUAUUAAUGUCGACAGUGUAUGGACGUCGUAUUAAACAAUUAUCGAGGACCAUCCAAGAUAAUUUAGGAGAUAUGACGAAAGUGACCGAGGAGAAGUUGAAUGGAUUGAAAACCAUACAAAGUUUUGCGCAACAAACCAAGGUUGUUCAUGAAUAUAAUCAAGAAAUCAAGAAGAUUUUCAACUCGUCGAUGUUGGAAGGAAAAUUGAGUGGGAUAUAUUUCAGUGGGAAUGGAUUUUUGGGGAAUGUGACCAUGAUUGGUCUUUUGGUGAUUGGAACCAAUUUCAUCGGAAGAGGAGACAUUAGUAUUGGAGAUUUAUCGAGUUUUAUGAUGUAUGCAGUUUACACCGGUAGUUCAGUUUUUGGGUUAGGAAAUUUCUAUACUGAGUUAAUGAAGGGAAUUGGAGCAGCAGAGAGAAUUUUUGAGUUAAUUGAGCUGAAGCCAAAAAUCACCACUAGUUUAGGAGAAAAAGUGAACGAUUUAACUGAAGGAGAUAUUAAGUUCAGUAAUAUCAGAUUUAACUAUCCAUCCAGAUCGGACACUCCAGUUUUCAAUAAUUUGAACCUUGGUAUCAAAAAGGGUGAACACGUUUGUAUUGUAGGGCCAAGUGGGAGUGGGAAAUCAACCAUAUCGCAAUUAUUAUUAAGAUUCUACGAUCCAAUUAGUGGGGGUGUUACUGUUAAUAACCAUGAUAUAAAAGAUUUAAAUCUUAAUUUUUAUCGUUCGUUGGUUGGUUACGUUCAACAAGAGCCUUUAUUAUUCAGUGGUACCAUUAGAGAAAAUAUCACUUUUGGAGUUAAAGAUGCUAGUGAUGAAGAAAUUGCCUAUGCGGCAAAACUCAGUAAUGCUUAUGAUUUUAUCAUGGAUUUCCCCGAUGGAUUCGAUACUUACAUUGGCCCGUCGUCUACCGGUAGUGCUCAAUUGAGUGGGGGGCAGAAGCAAAGAAUCUCGUUGGCAAGAACUUUAAUCAAACAUCCUAAAAUUCUUGUUUUGGAUGAAGCCACCUCUGCGCUUGAUUCUCAUCUGGAGGAAGUGGUUAUGCGCAACCUAUCCCAAUUAUCAAGAGAGAAAACCGGAGAAAUCACCAUUCUUCUGAUUGCCCAUCGUCUUUCUACCAUCAAAAAUAGCGAGCGUAUCAUUGUCUUGAAUAACCACGGCGAGGUUGUAGAAGACGGAUACUUCUCCGUCUUAUACUCCAACCCCGACAGUGAAUUGAACAAGCUCUUGAAAAAACAAUAACCCUUCUAUGAAUACAUAUCAAUAUACAUAUCCAUAUAAAUACCCUUACACCCUUAUAAAUAUACAUAAAUAUCAUAUAAG